UGUUACAUAUAAAACUAUGGUAAUCAAUUCGGGUACGAUGCACGGCCGGUAAUUUUAAUCAUGUAAUUUAUAACUAGCAUCUGUCAUUUACAAACAAAGAAAACUAGUAAUAUUUCUACCGUUUAUAUGAUGGAAUGGGUUGUUGAUUAUUACGAAGAUUUAAAUUAGAAGGACCUAAUAUAUAAUAUUUGGGAAAAAGAAUAUGCAAUCUAGUAAAUAUCAAACAAUGUAUUCCACGGAUGAAAUUAUUGAUGAUCUUAUGGAUGAAUGUAAAUAUACUGGAUUGGAUGCACACCUAUCAUAUGCUUUACGAAGCCGUAUAGAAAAAUGUAAAAUUGAAACUCGGAGAGAAAUUGUGUCUUAUAAAAUAGAUGGAUGUGCACCAUUAUUUAUUGCCUGCAAAAGAGGUCAUGUAGACAUUGUAGAAUAUCUUAUAACAGUAUGUGGUGCAGACAUUGAACAGAGAGGAAACUAUGCAGCGCCUGAUGAUAGAUCAAUACAUUAUGUUACACCACUAUGGUGUGCUGCAGUAUCUGAAAAACUUCCUGUAGUAAAAUGUUUGAUAGCUCAUGGUGCAGAUAUUAAUGCUGUCUCAGAUUCUGGUUCUACUACAGUAAGAUCAACAUGCUUCGUGACACGUAUGGAUAUUGUAUCCUAUCUGGUUGAAAAUGGUGCUGACAUAUCAAAACCAAAUUAUAAUGGUGGAACAUGCUUAAUAAAUUCAAUACAGAGUGUAGAAUUAUGCAUUUUCCUUCUGCAGCAUGGCGCUGAUAUAAAUGCUAGGGAUAUUCAUAAUAAAACUGCUUUAUAUUAUGCUAUUCAAGAGAAUAAAUUUAAAACUACAAAACUUUUUCUUGAACAUAAUGCAGAUCCUCAUAUUAGAUCUCGGUGUAAUGAUGAUGCACUUCAAAUUGCUUGUUUAAGAGGGACCAUUCCAAUAUUUGAAUAUUUAGUGGAAAACGUGUCUUAUUCUCCAGAAAGAUUAGCAGAUGCUAAUGAGUUAAUGGGUUCCACAUUUUUUUAUGAUCAUAAUGAUACACAAAUGGCUUUAAAGUAUUGGAGAACAGCUAUGGAAAUUAGAAACUCUCACAUGGUAGAUGGUAAACCAUUACAAAAAAAACCUGUGUUACCCAAACGAGAUACUUACCGAUAUGCAAUGGAAUUUACUACUCUAGAGGAAUUAAAUGUAAUUGCACUUGAUAUAGAUGCAAUGCGAAUACAAAGUUUAUUAAUAUGUGAACGAAUAUUAGGACCACAUCAUAAAGAUACAUUAUUAAGGUUAAUGUUUAGGGGAGCUUCAUAUGCUGAUACAUUAAGAUAUCAACGUUGCAUAGAUUUGUGGCGUAGGGCAUUAGAAAUUCGUGUCGAAAAAGAUUCCAUUUUGUAUGCUGACACAUGUCUAACAGCACAAGCUUUACUGAAGCUUAUGAUUGAUUUAAAUGAAAAAACUUUGGAGGUCAUGAAUCGUAAUGGAAAUAAAAAGGAACCUAGAUUCUGUGAUGUAGUAGCUAUCUUUAAGUUACUCUCAAGUCAAUUAAUAGAUGCUAGAAAAUUAUUAGAGAUAAAACCAGUACACAAAAGACAACAAGAAAGUUAUGAACGGAUCCUAAAAUGUGUGACACAUUUAAUAUAUUUAUUGAUAGAAACAGGAGAAACUAAUGAGGAGAAAACAUUAACAAAACAACUAGUACAUGAAUUAGUUAAACAAAAUCCUAGAUCUGCACAUGCAGAAGAUACUCUUUUGCAUCUAUGUGUAUCUAGUUUGAAUACUAUCAACACAAGUUAUUUUACUACUGCUAAUGCAACUCAGGUAAUUUUUCCACGUUUGGAAGUUGUUAAGUUACUUUUAGAAUGUGGAGCAAAAGUCAAUGCACGAAAUGAAUCACGAUCAACUCCUUUGCACAUAGCAAGCAAAGUUAAAAAGUUUGAUGUUCCACUCAUAAAAUUAUUGUUGGAUUAUGGGGCUCAUUUAGAUACUCCAAACAAAGCUGGAAAUACACCAGCAGAUUUAAUAUCUUCCUAUCCUGAGAAUAAUGUGAAUCUUGUUAAAUAUAUUAGUUUACAAUGUCACGCAGCACAUGCAAUGUGUAAAUAUGGUAUUAAGUGCAUAGAAUUGCCAUCUGCAUUGCAAGAGUUUUUAGAAUUUCACAGAGAAUAAACAUAUAUUUUUACAAUAGUAUGAAAGUAAUGAUACAUGACAUUCGACAAAUUUAAAAAAACAAAAACGUGCAUGUGUGUUUAUACAAAAAUAAUAUUGUAAGAUGUGAACAAUUUGAAAGUUUUCUUUAAGAAAACAAAUAGGUGUGUGUACGUUAUGCGUGUGAUGAAUGGAUCGAUGCAUACAUUUUUAAACUACAUCAAGUUGAGAUAAGUAUUAGGUUAUUUUUACCUUUGCACUGCUGAUGAUAUAGUGCAAGAUACAUGUUAAUUUUUAAACAAAGCUUUGUUUAAAAAUUAGUCAGAAUUUUUAAGCCUUCUCUUCACCGAAGUGAUAACGCCUCUUGUUGCUGCAUGUUUUAAAACAUUUUGAACAACAAUUUAUAAAACAUUUUUCCACACUGAAGCAACAUAAUCUGAGAGAUAUUUGUGUUUUGUUUCGGUUUCUUUUUUUUCAAAACUAUUUGCAUUACACAUUGGACGAGCAUUUAUUUCUGUUUCCACAUGUGGCCGCAUGUUUCAUAUUUUUCUUUAAUAUUUACUGCUUCGAAUGGAAAUAGCCAAGAAGCGGUGAAAUUUCGAAACAGAAAUAUGGAGAAACAUUCGAUAGCAAGAGACUUUUUCAAGAUAUAUGGAACAUCAACAAAAAAUUCCUCAUUUUUGCUUUAGUGGGAAUAAAGCUUUAGAAUCGUCGGUGCAGAGUUGUCAGUAUCGUUAGAGUAGCCAGUGUUGUAUUGUCCGUAUCGAAUUUUUAAUAUAUUUAAGAUUAAAUAUAUUAUUAUUAUUAUAACCACA